CUUUGUAUUAAAAUCGUAUCAUUAAAGAGACAUCAUCUACGAAGCCAAAUGUAAAGCUCUGACCCUAAAUCAAGUGGUUUUGCUUUGCAGACUCAGAUCACCAUGAAGGUGAUUCAGGGCCUUUACAGCGGCGUCACCACAGUAGAGCUGGACACCCUGGCUGCUGAGAUCACUGCCACCCUCACCACCAAACACCCUGACUAUGCCAUCCUAGCGGCCCGCAUCGCUGUGUCUAACCUGCACAAAGAAACGAAGAAGGUCUUCAGUGAGGUUAUGGAGGACCUCUACAACUAUGUGAAUCCCCUGAACGGCCACCACUCGCCUAUGGUUUCCAAGGAAACCCUUGACAUUGUUUUGGCCAACAAAGACCGGCUCAACUCUGCCAUCAUUUUUGACAGGGAUUUCUCUUACAACUUCUUUGGCUUCAAGACAUUGGAGCGCUCAUACCUGCUGAAGAUCAAUGGAAAGGUUGCUGAGCGGCCACAACACAUGCUGAUGAGAGUGUCUGUGGGAAUCCAUAAGGAGGACAUUGCGGCAGCUAUAGAAACCUACAACCUGCUGUCUGAGAAGUGGUUCACUCAUGCUUCUCCUACACUCUUCAACGCUGGCACCAACCGGCCACAGCUCUCCAGUUGCUUCCUGCUUGCUAUGAAGGAUGACAGUAUUGAGGGGAUCUAUGACACCCUGAAGCAGUGCGCCCUCAUUUCUAAGUCUGCGGGAGGUAUCGGGGUGGCAGUGAGCUGCAUUAGAGCCACUGGCAGCUACAUUGCAGGGACAAAUGGCAACUCAAAUGGCCUGGUUCCUAUGCUCCGUGUCUACAACAACACAGCACGCUAUGUGGACCAAGGAGGAAAUAAGAGACCAGGAGCUUUUGCCAUGUACCUGGAACCCUGGCAUUUUGACAUUUUCGACUUCCUAGAGCUUAAAAAGAACACUGGUAAAGAGGAACAGAGAGCUAGAGAUCUGUUUUACGCCCUCUGGAUCCCUGAUCUCUUCAUGAAGCGAGUGGAGACCAAUGCGGUGAGCACACUAUAA